GCGUUCUCAAACACCAAGCGUUUGGAAAGUCCGACUAGCUCAUGACCUAGUCCGACCCGAGCGUUGCGCCGAGAGGAAGAACUUAAGAAGACGUUUGGUGUCGAUGGUGGGGGCGCGGGUUGACCUGACGGUUGAAAUUGGAUGGAUAUAUAGAUCGUCGCUCUCCAUGCCGCAUGUGGCAGCCUCAUGUUUCAUCAUGAUCCCAACUCCACGUCGAGAGGAAUUAAAGGAAGAAACGGCAUUUCCAGUCCGUAUGGGUUAUGUCUGUAUCUCACCUGGACAGGCAUCUGGUAACCUGACGGAGUGUAUUGAUCCCAGACCGGGUGUCUUCCUUUUCCUUUUCAACCCUUCAACUGACCCUUCAACCAGCACCUGUUAUGUCAACUAUAGUGCCUCAUCAUCCUUGGAACCACCAAAAACCUUGCUUUCCUUUCCUUUCCUUUCACUCCUUAAGCCAUCUCUUUGCAUCCUGGACUCCUAGACCUGUCCAAGCGCCAACCAUGCAGUGUCUGCGCCUUCCCUGUCGCAUCUCCGUAGCGCUUAGGUACUGACUGAUAGGAGAAGACCGACAUGAUGGUAAAGAAGGGAUUGUUUCUUUGUUUCUUUUCGCCUUUUCUUUUUCCAUUCACUCUUACUUGAUUCGUAUCGCGAGCAAACGACCGAUCAAAGGUUGAAUCAAACUCCGCGAAUUUAGAAAGAAAUCAAUAUUUCAGAAAAAAG